AUGGACGAUAUUGAAGACCUGCGACGAAGGGUCCGAGAGGCGGAGAGUCGUGCCGAAGAGGAGCAACGCCAACGCAAAGAGGAACAACGCCAACGCGAAGCGGCUGAGACGUCGCGGCCACAGACGCUUCAGCAAUAUCUCGAGACUUGUCAUUCGCUCCAUCUUGCUAUUCAGGUAAUAACUGACCGGUCUUUGACUACGCAAGGCGAGACUACCAAUCCGGCCGGCCGAAUUUUCCCUCGACAAAUUAUCCCUUGGGACGACUUUGCAACGAGACAAGAGGAGAUCUGGAACGACCUUUCGACCGGCGACUUGUUUUGCAUACCCGCAUUUCCAUCUCAGCAUCAGAUAGAAUACGUGAAGUCGUUGCUCAAGCCCAUUAGCAGUGAGCUUGGGCUCCGGGACUUCGAGCGUGACGUCGUCGAAAACGCGGUUCAGAAGUUGGUUGACCGGGCAUACACGGAUCCGCUGCUGCGAAGUAGUCUCGGCCUUCAGGGGACUGUGACGUUCGAGAGCCAUACGAAUCUCGGUAGCACUGGUCCCACAGAGCCGGCGUCUGGCCCGAAGCCGCCGGCGGCUCCCAAGGCCCGUCGCAGAGCGAGGGGCAAAGGCAAUCGGGCGGACCAGUUCUGUAUAUACAGGACUUCGGACGGCCAGAAGGUCCCAGCGCUCGCUAUCGAAUACAAGGCACCGCACAAGCUGAGCGUCGACGAGGUCAUCACAGGCCUUGAGUCGGAGAUUCAGCCGGAACGUGACGUGAUCAACAAGGAUGGUCAGGGCUUCGCCUUCACGGCCAGGCGACUCACCGCUGCCGUCGUCACCCAGCUAUUCUCUUAUAUGAUCGGCAAGGGCAUCCAGUACGGCUAUGUGUGCACGGGACAAACACGAGCCUUCCUUCACAUCCCAGACGAUCCUUCCAUAGUCUAUGUCUCGGUAUGUGUACCGAACCUGGACGUAAUGGAUGAUGACGACGAGACGAGACUGCAUCGCACGGCCGUCGCGCAGGUUUUCGCCUUCAUUCUUCAGGCUCUCCGCGCUAAACCCCCGUCUGAGUCAUGGCAUGACGAGGCCGAGAGGCUCGGUACUUGGGCUGUCGAGUACGACGAUAUUCUGAGGAAUAUACCCGCGACGGAGCACCAUCACAGGCAGGGGCACAUCAACCGACUCGAGUUCCUCCGACUCAUCCGAGACCAGCUUGCCACGGACCGCGGCCGCGAUGCGGAUUGUGUGUCACUCUAUGUAUCCGGGGCGCGCGGGUCACUCUUCAAGGUGCGGCUGUCAUCUCACGGCUACACGCUCGUUGCCAAGGGUGUGGAGAGUCUCGAUUUGGCCUGCCUGCAGCACGAGAACGAGAUUAUAGAUUUGGUGCGGCCAUGCCACUCUGACAGCGGUGUUUACGUGCACUUCAUGUUUCUCAGCUGGGCUGGACAACCACUGUUUAACCGUGCUGACCUGGCCUUCAAAGCGGGCAUUGACGACGCCGUCAGCACAAUACUCAAGGCAGUGCACAAAUUGCGUGUUCUUCACCGUGAUGCGGAGCCACGCAACAUCUUAUACAAUACAAAUACUGGGAAGCUCAUGCUUGUGGAUUUCGAGCGUGCCGAGUUCCGCGGUCGCCGGCCUCUCGGUUUGAUAGUCUCUAACGUCCAGAACCGGAAGAGGAAGCGGGGGAUAUUACAGAAACAAAAGAAGGACGACUUUGCGAGAGAGCUGGAGUCUGCUGUGGAGAGCGCUUCAGGUGUGCUGCGAGCUUGA